CGCAGGAGUCGCUUCCGCCCGCUUCUCCUUCCCGCAGGCUGCAGCCGGGGCAAGAUGGCGGCGCUGAGGGCUCUUUGUACCCUCCGUGGCGUCGGGGCCCAAGUGCUCCGGCUCGGGCCUGGGGUCCGACUGCCUGUUCAGCCCAGCAGAGGUGCUCGGCAGUGGCAACCCGAUGUGGAAUGGGCAGAGCAGUUUGGGGGUGCUGUCAUGUACCCCACCAAGGAAACAGCCCACUGGAAACCUCCACCUUGGAAUGAUGUGGACCCUCCCAAGGAAAAAAUAGUUUCCAACCUAACCCUGAACUUCGGGCCCCAGCAUCCCGCAGCCCAUGGAGUCCUGCGGCUAGUGAUGGAGCUGAGCGGAGAGAUGGUGCGAAAGUGCGACCCUCACAUCGGGCUACUGCACCGGGGCACCGAGAAGCUCAUCGAGUACAAGACGUAUCUGCAGGCCCUUCCAUACUUUGACCGGCUGGAUUACGUGUCCAUGAUGUGUAAUGAGCAGGCGUAUUCACUGGCUGUGGAGAAGCUGCUGAACAUCCAGCCUCCACCCCGGGCCCAGUGGAUCCGAGUGCUGUUUGGAGAAAUCACACGACUUCUGAACCAUAUCAUGGCUGUGACCACACAUGCUCUGGACAUUGGGGCCAUGACCCCUUUCUUCUGGAUGUUUGAGGAAAGGGAAAAGAUGUUUGAGUUCUAUGAGCGGGUGUCUGGAGCACGAAUGCACGCUGCUUACGUCCGCCCCGGAGGAGUGCACCAGGACCUGCCCCUUGGCCUUAUGGAUGACAUUUAUGAGUUUUCCAAGAACUUCUCUCUUCGGAUCGAUGAAGUGGAGGAGAUGCUGACUAACAAUAGGAUCUGGCGGAAUCGGACAGUCGACAUUGGAGUUGUAAAAGCAGAAGACGCACUUAACUAUGGUUUUAGUGGAGUGAUGCUCCGGGGCUCAGGUAUCCAGUGGGAUCUGCGGAAGACCCAGCCCUAUGAUGUUUACGACCAGGUUGAGUUUGAUGUUCCUAUUGGUUCUCGAGGGGACUGCUAUGACAGGUACCUGUGUCGGGUGGAGGAGAUGCGCCAGUCCCUUCGCAUCAUCGAGCAGUGUCUGAACAAGAUGCCUCCUGGAGAGAUCAAGGUCGAUGAUGCCAAAGUGUCUCCACCUAAGCGCUCAGAGAUGAAGACUUCCAUGGAGUCGCUGAUUCACCACUUUAAGUUGUAUACUGAGGGCUACCAGGUCCCCCCAGGAGCCACGUACACUGCUAUUGAGGCUCCGAAGGGAGAGUUUGGGGUAUACCUCGUGUCUGACGGGAGCAGCCGCCCCUAUCGUUGCAAGAUCAAGGCUCCUGGUUUUGCCCACCUGGCUGGCUUGGACAUGAUGUCUAAGGGACACAUGUUGGCGGAUGUCGUUGCCAUCAUAGGUACCCAAGACAUUGUGUUUGGAGAAGUUGAUCGGUAAGCAGGGAACAACAUUUGAUCUCCCUGCUCUAGCCGCUGCCUCUGCAGAGCGUGUCCCUCC